AUGGAGUCGGACGAGGAUCAGCACGGGUCGGAGGCACUUGAGGGAUCCCUCUCUGCCCUGCAGCUAGAGGACACGACCGAGAUCGAGGAGGUCGGCGAUUUGAGUACCUCCCAGUUAGAUACUAGCGCCGUCGGCUAUCCUCAUGAUCAGUCUUUCCAAGUCCUUGAGCUGCCCAGGGGCGAUCUUGAUUCCCUUCCUCCUAUCUCACGGUCCUUGUACGAGGAGACCACAGAAUGCGAGAGGAAGGGGUGGGAGAGGAGGCACCAAGGGCAGGAAGAGCAGACAGACGAUGACAGGUGGACAUUUGAGCAAGAGAACAAGCGUCAAGCCUUGUAUAGAGCUCUCUUCUACCCGAGGAGCGUCAUACCGAAACCGGAUGACGACGUUGAUUACAUCCGCGCUUCAGAGCUCUUGGUUGAGAAAAUUGAGGAGGAGAAUCGGGGGCAAAGUUUUAGAGAUUGCGAGACCAGCGAAAGACCAGCGAUCUUCCAUGGCGUCUUCAUGCACGAGGAUGUGUGUUCGCGAGCAGACGUGUUGGAGUACUUUGGAAAUGGGGAAUGGGGUGUUGUGAAGAUCAAAACAAGCAAAACAUCCUUUGGCGACAACGAUGCUUAUGAAAGCCUCGCGUUUCCAGUCUACGUGGUCAAACAUUGUGGAAUCAAAGUGACCAAAGCAGCAGCAGUGUACGCUAAUAGAGAUUUCCAGAUACAAAUGAAUGAAGCAGCAUUCUUCAAGAGGGAUGAUUUGACCGACGUCAUUUUCAGAGGAGGAGUCUUGCAGGUGCUUGAGGGCGAUCAAAACGCCCCAAAAUCCAUCGCGCAUGUCCAGUCGGUGACUUCCCGGGCUGAACCUCCUCCCAAGAUAGUCGUACCGUCCUGCAAGAAUUGUAGUUUCUUUCAAGAUUGCCAUGCGAGAAAACUGCGCCAUUCAAUCUGGGAGCUUAUCAGGCUGAGACCUGAACGAUUUGAAGAACUGAAGAAGAUCACGCUUGAGAUCGAGGAGAUCCCCUCCUCUUUCAAGCUCUCCCAAACCAACAUGAUUGUCAAGCAAAGUGUCAUAACUAACUCUCCUCAGAUUAAAGAGCAGCAGCUGCAAGAGGUAACCUUCAACGCUUCCGUCACCACGUUGUCUUCCUCCUUCUCCUAA